AAUUUCAUUCAGCCGAACACAUAACUUUGGUCCCGGAACGAAACCCUUGUUUUCGGAUCAAAAGAGUUCGCCGAAGGAGUUUGCCGAAGAGAGAAAUUCAAACAAACUAAGAUCUCUUUACUCGAUUGGCAAGACAGGUCGCAUGAAGCGCCGUUUGAGCCGCCAGAUGGAGCUCGAUGAAUCCCAGAGUUUUCAGGGGGCAGAAGAUGCAAAUGUUGCUAGCUCUUCAGAUCCACCUCCAGAACAGGAUCCAGAAUCUACAAGGUCUAAUUUUCAAUUUGAAGGGUCUGGGAUGGUUAUUCCAGGGGCAUUUGGUCUGUCAAAUUUGCACGUUGACAUCAAACGACAUGAUAUUAAGAAUUUCUUUGGAGAACUUGGCAAAGUUAAAAAGGUGGUUAUUAAACCAGAAGUGUUACAACACCCACGUGGUGGUGAAAUGAGGAAUGGCUGGUUUGAAUUUGAUUCUUCGGUUCAUGUUGAAGUCGAAGACGUAAUGAAAUUGCAUGGUGAAAAACUUCUUGGUAAACCUAUCAAUAUUGGUUUAAUGUCUUCUACUCGUAGUAGCACCUUCUUCAUUAGUGGAUACAACAAAGACUUGGAAUUAGAUCGCAUCAAGAAACAACUGAUUAAUCAUUUCAAAAAGUGUGGAAAAAUUUUGAAGUUCUAUUUUCCCAAACAAACCGACACUGAAAACUAUCUCGGGUUUUGCUACAUUGUCUUGGAGUUUGACGCUAAAGAAGAGGUGAACGAGUACGACGUCGAGGAAAAAGAUGGGAGUCUUUUGGAAGAUGGGAGUCAACUUGCGGUUAGGGCUGCGAGUUUGAAGGCUAGUGUACUUAAAGAACUGAAAUGGUCCUAGACGCUUAGAUAAGUAUCUAGAAAGUUCUGUUGCUGGAAUCCAAACUCUUUUGUUUUUUUUUUGUUCUAAUAGUUCCAGCUCCAAAACUCUUAAUGUUGUCUACUGACUGAUGUUUUGAUUUCGUUUGUUAAACUGUCUUCCAUGCAACAUUGAUUAUUACUAUGAUUUGAUUCUC